AGGUCAUUCUGGUGGGAGUUAAAAAUAACUGCUGCCCAGCCUGUUUCUUAUUCUGACUAAAUUAAUUCCUGCAAAGAAAAAGGCUGCUGGAGGACGUCUGUGCACAGAUAGAGGGAAGAGUAGUGAAUGGGGAACUGUAUGAGAGAAGAGAUGAAUGGAGGCAAUUGGGAGGGUGUAUUAAUAAAUGCAGAGAGGAGGUGAGGAAUUCAAGCAAAUGAAUUGGAGGAAGUCAGAUGAGGUUAAUUUACUGUAUACUCCAAUCUCCACUGAGAGACACAUUUAUUCUCUUCAGUUCAGUUUGUGUGUGUGUGUGUGUGUGUGUGUGUGUGUGUGUGUGUGUGUGUUUGUUCUGGUAUUCAUCACGUUGUGGGGACAUGAGUCUGUUUACACAGUCACGUCAUGGGGACCUCUUGCGUUGUGGGGACCAAAAGUCAGGUCCCCAUAAGGGAAAGCCAUAUAAAUGAUUAGAGGAGCUGUUUUGAAGGUGAUGGGCGGAGUUUCAGCGAUGGCCCAUAACACACGUUUUUCCGUGAAUGUGUGAGUGUGAAGGGAGUGCUCAGCUGCGCCCCCAAACAUUUCUCAGCGGUACUGCGCGCGCUUCUUCACACACACGUUAUCUAUAUAUGGUAGGCCCCGCCCACUUCAUCGUCCUCAUUAGGAACGAUAUCAGCAGCAAUAUGAAAAUAUGCGUAUUAAGUGGACACUUCACACGGACAGACGAUAAGAAGACUUUACAGGAGAUACCGACUCGAGGAGAUUGUUUGAGAUUCGAGGAGAUUCUGAAGUUGUGCAGAGCAAAAAGUUAAAUAAAAGAUUGAAAUGCCACCACGAAUCAGCCCUCUUAAGGAUGCCAUGCAUCAUGUUGUCACGAAGUCUGACAAAACUAAAUUAGAGGUGAACUACAUCAAUGCGGUGAAAGGACGUGGAUUAUUUGCAAAAGGUUCCUUUUGCAAAGGAGAUUUUAUUGUGGAGUACAGGGGUGAGUUGAUCAAUUAUGCAGAGCUGGAGAGGAGAAGAAAACUCUACCACCCAUCCUGUGCUGUUUUUAUGUUCGAGUUUAAGUGGAGAGGGAAAACAUGGUGCAUUGAUGCAUCUAGGGAAGAUGGAUCGUUUGGGCGGUUAGUUAACGAUGACCACCAACAUCCAAAUUGUAAGAUGAAGAAAAUCGAUGUGAAUGGAAAGGCACACCUGUGUUUAUUUGCGCUGAAAGACAUUAAAGAAGGAGAAGAAAUCACAUAUGAUUAUGGGGGAGACGACUGCCCAUGGAGAACCCAAGUAAGUUGCAGAAAUAACUAAUUUUUGGUUUUUGAAGAAAUUAGAAUUUGAAUCUAUUAGAAAUAUGAAAAUAAUUUGUAACCAUUAUGACUUGAGGGUCGGUGUUUUUUUAUUUUAUUUUUUUAAGUACAUUGAAUAAUAGGGUCUUAUGUUCUUAGACCAAUUUAGGGGUUAAAUGUGGGGGUUGUAUGCCUGGCCUAAUGGGUAAAAUGUCACCCCCCCCAUGUUUCCAUGUUGUGAAAUCUUCUCAUUAUUGGUGUUGUCUC